AUGAAAGUGAUCAAAAAAAAAAUUUGUACUACUUGGGAUCCUAAUUUAUCUAAAAUUUAUCCUUGGCUUGAAAAAUCUGAAGAUAAUAAUAGUUCUUUACGAAAACAAACUUUUGAACGUCAUCUUACUACUGUUGAUCAUCAAAAGGUAACAAUUUUUCAAAAUCAUCAGCAAACUACAAUUAUUCAAGGUAAUCAAGCUAUGAAUCAAUAUCCUGCUUUGUGUCAAUUAGGAUAUUUGCAAUUUAUUAAUCAUGAAGAACUUUAUUUUAAAAAUGAUCCUAUUUAUGAAAUUAUUCAAGAAUUAGUAUUAGCAAAAAAUUGGAGUAUUUUAAUUGAUGAAAGUACUUCAUUUACUUCUAAAUAUCUUGCAAUUGUAACUAAAUAUCUUACUCAAAAUUCACCAGUUUUGCGAUAUCUUGGAAUAAUUGAACUUGAUAAUUGUAAUGCAGAAUCAAUAACUAAUAAUCUUGAAAUAUUUAUAACUGCUAAAUCACUUAAUAUUAAAAAUUCAACUCAUUUUGGAAAAUCUAUUAAAGGGGCUUUAUUAGAGAAAGCAGCAAAUAAUCAGCAAGCUACCUCCUUAUUAGCUGAUAUUAAUCAAGAAUUUGAAAUUGCAACAAUGUUUUUAGCUCAAUUUAUUAGUAGUAACGAGGUUUUGCCUACUUAUGGAUCAAACUUACUUGAGUAUAUUACAAAUAAUAAUUUGAAAUUAUAUAAUGCAUUAGGAAUAUUUGAUCCAGAGCAAUUACCAAAAUUAGAUAGUGAUUUAGCUAAUUAUGGUAAUGAAAUGAUUAAAAUUCUUGAUGAUUUUUAUAGAACUUCAAAAACAAUUAACA